CCUCGUUUGGCCUAUAUAUACUGUCGCUAUUCAGGAUUCAGCAUCAGUUCCAUCAGGAGUCUAGCAUCAUGCACUUUAUUGUUCUCGCCGUGUUGGCCACCGUGGCCGCCGCCGCCCCCCAGUACGCCGCCCCAGCACCGACUCCUACCCGCUACAGUGGUGAAUCUGACGAGGUGGUGGCCAUCCUAAGGGACGAUCGUGUCCAAGAAGACGACGGCAGUUACAACUUCGAAGUGGAGACUGAUGAUGGCGUCAGGCUGUCCCAGAACGGCUCUCCCAGUGGCCCUGAUGGCUCUGUUGUCAAGUCUGGACAAUACUCUUACACUGCUCCUGACGGAACUGAAGUCCUUGUGAAAUACGUCGCCGACGAGAACGGCUUCCAACCCCAGUCUGACCUGCUGCCAGUGGCUCCUGAGUUCCCCCACCCAAUCCCCGACUUCGUGUUGGAGCAGAUCGCUUUCGCCGCUAAGGAAGACGCUGAGCGCGCCCGCGAAGAGUCUAAUGGCCCCUCCAGGACAUAUGGUGCUCCUCAGUAAAUUACUGAGUAAAUUACUGCUCUGAAAGUGGCUAGCUGUUUUAUGGCAAAUCUUUUACAAAUAUUUUCUAUUUGUAUUUCUUCUAUUUUUCAUCACAGUAUUUAUUUGUAGGUUGAUAAAUAAAAUUUAUAUGAAUUCUUA